UUCACAAUAGUCCAUUUGGAUAAAGUUUUCGUUGAACCUUCAAACUGAGUUGUUUUUGCUGAAUUAAGAAUUCACAAAGUUUUUACGAAAAGGUAUAAGAAUACAAAGUCAAAAAGCCCGGUAACUGCAGUCUGUUCAGGAUUCGCCCUCAACAACAUGAAUAACGCACUAGUACUCAUAAUUUUGGUUUCCAUCGGUAUUACUGGUAGUCGCAGUCAAGCCAACGAUUUCUCUACUGGCUUGUAUAGUGAAUCUGAUUCAAGCAAUAAAAAUUUUUUCAACAAUGGUGGUAAUACAAACUCACAUGAAUUCGCCUUGAACACAGCCGAGGCAAAAAACGAUGCUACAACUGAAUCAAAACCUGGAAUAAACAACAACAAUGGUUUUAAUCAAGGUAAAAAUUCCAUGUCACAACCCAGACGUAUGACUAGGGAGGAAGCUAGGCUCCAAGUAGAAAGGGAUCUAAUGCAUAUUAAUAGAGGUCCAAAAACCAAUGUAGAAUCCAAGGGAUCCGUCAAUAAUAAUGUACAGUUUGGCGUCGAUGGUAAACAACUUUCGAAUCAAGAUAUCCAAACUGGUUUGGACCUUGAUGAUCAUUCUAAACCAUCUGCCAACGGACAAUCGAAUCCAGAGUAUACUAGACAUGGUGACUCAGUUAACCAUUAUAAUCCUUCUACAAAUCGAGCCAACAAUGGCUUGGCAAAUGUUAUGGGGUCAGGGAUGGGCGCACAUUUGGGAGCUGAUUUUAACUUUCAAUCCAAAGCAUCGGCUAACGGUAAUGGGCGAGUUGGUAUUAAUGGCAAUUACGACGCAAACCAGCUUACAAAUUUUGGAGUUGACGAGAAUUUACAUCCACAUGCUUACGGAAUCAAUCGGCACAAAGAUGUUUUUGAUGCUGGAGAAAGGACCGAACCUCUGGCGGAAAAUGGCAUGGGAAAUGUUAUUAGGUCACGGAGGAGCGCAAAUUUGGGAGCUGCUUUUAAUCUAAGAUCCAAAGCAUCUGCUUACGGUAAUGGGCAAGUUGGCAACAAUGGCAAUUACAUGUCGGAUCAGCAUAAAAAUGUUGGCGUUUACGGAAAUUCACAUCCAUAUGCUGAAAGAUACAAGGGUAAUGUUGGUACGGUUGAUCAGUAUGGUCCUUUGAGAAAUACUUGGGACCACGAAAUGAAUUAUGGAAGAACGGUAGGAAAAAGGAACAUUCCCUCAGUUGAUGGACAGGAACAUCAAAAAAGUAUUGAUGCUGGAGAAAGGACCGAACCUCUGGCGAAAAAUGGCAUGGGACAUAAUAUAAAUUUUGGAGUUGGUUUUAAUUUAAGACCCAGAGCAUCUGCUUACGGUAAUGGGCAAGUUAGCAACAAUGGCAAUUAUAUGUCAAAUCUGCAUAGUGGCGUUAACGGGAAAUCACAUCCAUAUGCUGAUGGAACGAAUCGAUUCAUUCGAGGUAAUGCUGGUAUGGUUGGUCAGCAUAGUUUUUUGCAAAAUCCAUAAACACAAAUAAUAGGUACUUAAGCCCAAAUUUGAAAGUAGCAGUAGAAAACCCGUAUAUCACCUUAUUAACUGGAAAUUAUUAUAUCGAGAAUGUAUAGAUGCUACAAAAAUGGCUGAUAUCCAAGCCAAUAAUGCUUUUAGGAGUGAUAUUGGGUUGGCGACCAGUCAUUUUAAUGUUGAACAAAACGAAGGUGCUGAGAAUAUUGACCACCGCUUUCAUGUUUAAAACGCCAUGAGAAUAUUAGCUAAUAUUCUGUCCUUCAAUAAAAAAAAAAAACCAAUGGAAAGUGACAUGAAUUCUAGAGUAGUAGCUGAAAUAGCCGUCGAAAAUUGUACAAAAAUUGAAAUGCACUUGUAAACAACGGAGACGCUAUGGGAGGAAGAAAUAUUGAUAAUAUAUUUAAAAAAUGGUAAAUGUAUCACAUUUUUUACGGGUUCUGUAAGAGUUAAUAUUUGUGUAACUGAUAAAAAUAUUCAAUGAAAUAAAUAAAUAAUUGUUCUAAAAUACGUAAAGGUUUUAAAAUAAUAACCUUCUUUGUGUUAUUAAUCAGACUCUCCAAAACAUUUAUCAAAUGAAUUAUAACAUGCCAAGAAAUAAAAGAAAGUUCAGUAAUAA